GCGCGUAGCCGAGAGCCGAAUGUUAGGUAAAUGCAAAGAGAGGAUAAAUGGUAAUGUAACGAACGUGCUCUAACCUACCUCCGCAUCACAUCAGCUCGGCGCGGUUGGACGCGGUUUGAUUACACUUUGGUGGAUAUUCUAUCGAUAGAGAAACAGAGAACCAUUGUUCUCUCCUCCAGGUCAAAAGGGUGGCUGGGUAUUCCAGCACUUGGAAGCCGAGAACGUCUAUUUCUAGUCUGGAGCAUAAUAUAUCAAUAGAGCGAGAAAAUGUCUGAGCAAUUCCUAGGAUGUACCGUGUCGGUCAAGUGCGACGAAGUCCUUGGUACUUACCAAGGCCAAAUUGUUGACCUUAACGGCCAAACCGUCACUCUCACAAAAGCUUUUCGAAAUGGGGUACCUUACCCUUCUCCGCAAGUUGUUCUGUCUGCCAAGGACAUACUUCAUAUAGAAAUAAUCUCAACAGAGGAAGCUGAUGAUAGUCGUGAUGAAGUUCAGACUUCAAGCAAAGUCACUGUCAGGCGACCCAUUGCAAAACGUGCCGGUAGAUCUGUUUCCGAAUGCAUUCCACCUUUGGUACUCCCUAACUCCGAUAUCCAACAGCAGUCUAAUGCACGGAAACCGCUUGAUUCUAUACAGUCACAUCCAGAGCCUGCGUCUAAUGGAAAAAUAAAUCUAGUGGAGAUAAGCACAAAAAAUCAGAAAAGAAGUUCGCAACGACAACGAUGGCAGGAGAAAGAUGAACAAGCCUUUGGAACACCUAUAGAUCAGUCGAUGGAGCAGGACUUUGAUUUUGAGAAAAAUUUGGCACUGUUUAAUAAGGAGGCUGUGUGGCAAGAAAUAAAUUCCUUAAAGCCAGACAUCGUUCGACAAUCUGAAAACAACAGGGGAAGUGUACCGAAAUAUCGUCACGAUGAGAACGUAAUAGAAUCUGAACCUACAGCAUUCAGACAAAUUGCAGUGCCAUCCGCUGGUGUCCGGGAAUACGUAACUGACGACGGAUUGGUGAUUCCUAGCAUCACGGUCGAUCUCCAUCGACAAUUAAUCGGAGCUGCUGAUAGAUUAGGUAUCAGCUGGGACCGCAGGGUUGAGUUAUUGGGUCGUGCAGGAGCGGAAAUAAUUCUGCAGCUAUUGGGUGGUGGCCAUAGACUAAACCCGAACAACGCGCACCAAUGGCCAACGGUAGUCGCCCUAUGCGGACCCCACAGAUCAGGAGCUGCAGGUGUCAAUUGCGCUCGACAAUUGUCAAGUCACGGGGUGAAGACUGUCGUGUAUGUUGAAAAUUCAGAAGACGUCUUCCUGCUGCAGGAAUUGUCGUUGUACAAGCUAUCGGGAAACAGGGUUGAAACUCGGUUCAAGAAUCUUCCUGCAGUAGCCGAUCUCAUACUCCUCGCUCUUGGCGAGGAAGGCUCGCCAAGGACAGUUCCCCCCGUUGCAACAUGGGCGAAUAGCAAUAGAGCCCCAGUUCUUGCCAUCGAACCGCCGUCGGCUGGCACUCCGGGAAUUAUGACGAAAUUCAGUCUCCUCGGCGGACUGCCCCUUUCCCAUAGCGCGGAUAACGGACGAUUGUAUCUUUGCAAUUUGGCCCUACCUGCUAAAGUAUUUUCGGACGUUGGCAUCACUUACAGAUCUCCAUUCGGUCCGAAAUUCGUUAUUCCACUUCAUUCCAACAGCUCCUAGCAGAUUCCUAUGACGUUCGUCACUUCCGUGAAGGUACCUUAGAAUCGGACUCGAAAUCUUCUGCCAUUAUGUGCUCGAACUGAGAUCGAUGACCCACAGAUUAUUAAUUACUCGAACAAAAUAAUUAUUUAUCCAGUUUUUAUCAGUAAACUAGUUUAAUGUGUAUUCAAAAAUAUUCACUCCCGCGAUUGACGCGGGUGUGUUAAUUAAAUCGACGUUGGACUACUGUCUGUUUCUUAAGUUUGUCAUGCGCUCUUUUUUGCGAGCGAAUUUGUCUCACGUGACUUUU